AUGGCGACGAACCUCUUUUUUUACAACGAAAUAUUUUUUGGCAAAUUCUUUCUCCACAAACACACAGGGUGGUCAUUCUCUUAUAUGUUUUUUGUUAUCUUUCUUUUUUUUUCUUUCCUUUUUAAUAAAUUCUUUCUUUUCUGCUUUCUCCGUCUCUCUCUCUCUCUCUCACUCUCUCUCUCUUCUUUUCUUUCUACUUUUUUCCCUUUCGUACCAUAUUUUUCCGCUUUGAUCUUCUCUUUCUCUGACAUUUUUCCUUUUUCUCCUGAUUUUCUAUUUUUUCUUUUCUAUUAUUCUUCUUUUCUUUGUUUUUUCCUUCUCUUUCAUCGUUCCAUGUUCUCUUCAUUUGUUCUUUUUUCUUUUCUUUAUUGGUUUUCAUCCCUGUUACUUCUGCUUCGCCAUACGUCUCGGUUUCACAUCUACAAACAUCAGCACGCCGCUCCUCACGACAUAAUCAACUGGAAUCAAGUUCAGUAUUUCUUCCCUGAUGGAGCGCGUGGCUUUCACCCAGUCAAGGAGCUUAUCUGGGUGGCUGCCUUCGCAUAUGGCAACCUGACAGAGACCGACCAAUUCGUCUGGGUCCGUUGCCCAACAGCCGAGAUUUACCGAUUGUCUUUCCCUUUUCUUAUUAAUCAAUCAUUCGUUUCUUUCUUUCUUUCUUUCUUUCAAACCAUCCUUAUUUCUUUUUUCUUUCUUUGUCCCUUUGGUUAUAUUUUUUUUCUCUUAAUACUUUCUUUUCACUUUCUUUUAUUUUACUUUAAAAAUCAACAUUUUUCUUUUGUUUCAUUUCCUUUUUCCUUUCUGAGAUCUUUUGUAUUUUAUUUCUGUUUCCUUUCUUUCAAAUUUUUUCCUCAAUUCUUUCUUUUCCAACUCCUAAUUUUUUUAAAUUACUUUUCUCAUUUUUAUAUUUCUUCCUUUUUCUAUUUUUCUUUCUGA